AUGCCGAAAAGAGCUAGAUCGACAAAUAGUACUAAUAAAACUGCAAAUCAUCAAGAAAAAAAACCAUCCAAAUCAUAUACUUCGAAAAUUAUUAACAAUAUCAAUGAUUAUAAACAAUUAAACAUUUCUCUUGAACCAUUAGAUGUUUUUACUUGGGGGACAGGUUCUAUGUGUGAAUUGGGCCAAGGCCCAUUAGCAAAAAAUAAAGAAAUUAAAAGACCAAGAAUUAAUAACUAUUUAAACAAAGAAGAUAUUGGUAUAGUUUCCAUUACUGUAGGUGGUAUGCAUACAAUUGCUCUUGAUAAAAAUGAAAAUAUUUGGAGCUGGGGUUGUAACGAUGUUGGCGCUUUAGGUAGAGAUACUUCUGGCGCUAAAGAAGUCUUGAAAGAUAUGGAUAAAGAAAAUGCUUCCUCUGAUGAAGAUGAUGAUGGUGAUCUAAAUGACUUGGAAUCAACUCCAAUGAAAAUUGAAAAACAUUAUUUUAAGGAGUCAUUAGAUCAAGAGGCAAAGAUUGUUCAAUUAACCGCUACCGAUAAUGCAAGUUGUAUAUUGUUUAAUAAUGGUGAUGUUUACGCUUGGGGUACAUUCCGUUGUAAUGAAGGUAUAUUAGGCUUUUAUAAGGAAGAUAUUAAAAUUCAAAGAACUCCAUGGAAAUUACCAAGUUUUUCUAAAUAUAACAUUGUUCAAAUUGCAUCAGGAAAAGAUCAUCUUUUAUUUCUUGACGAAUCAGGUGAAGUUUUUGCUUGGGGUAAUGGCCAACAAAAUCAGCUAGGUAGAAAAAUUCUUGAAAGAUUCCGUUUAAAGACGUUAGACCCAAGAUCCUUUGGACUACGCCAUGUUAAAUAUAUUGCAAGUGGUGAAAAUCAUUGUUUUGCUCUUAAAAAAGAUGGCACAUUAGUAAGCUGGGGGUUAAAUCAGUUUGGCCAAUGUGGGAUUUCAGAAGAAAUUCAAGAUGGUGGAAUUGUUUCAAUCCCUAAGAAAGUCUUAUUACCAGUAAAUAGUUCUAAUGGAUUUGGAAAAAUCAAAAUGAUCUGUGCAGGUGAACAUCAUAGCUUACUCUUGAACGAAGAUGGUGAUAUAUACAGUUUUGGUAGAUUAGAUAUGUGUGAGGUAGGUAUUUCUAAGAAAGACUUACCAGAUUAUGUUUAUAAAGAUGUCCACGAGAAACCAAGAAGUAUACCAAUCCCAACAUUACUAAAAGGUAAUAAUAAUGAACCUUUACCAAAUUUCAAAUACAUUGACGUAGGGUCUCAUCAUUCUAUUGCCAUUUCAACUAAUGGUAUAAUGUAUUCAUGGGGGUUUGGUGAUACUUAUGCCGUUGGAUUAGGACCUACAGACGGCGAUACUGAGAUUCCUACUAGGAUUAAAAAUACUGCUACAGCAGAUGAACAAAUGAUCUUUGUUGGAUGUGGAGGGCAAUUUUCAGUAGCAGGAGGUAUUAAAUUAUCUGAUAAAUUAAGUCAAAAGCGUAAGACUGAAAUGGGUGACGAUUAA